GAGCGUGGCGCGCGGGUCCCUCUGCGCCACCCGGCCGCCUUCCUCGCAAACUUUUGGCACCCCCGCCCAGGCGCGCCGGAGCGGGUGGGGGAACGCAGGAGGAGGGGCCGCGGAGGGCCGCGCCCCGCCCGGGGACAGCGGGGACAGCGCGCAGGACGCGCUCGCCAUGCAGAGCGGAGGCUCGGGGUGCUGAAGGCGCGGGGCCAGCAGAGCCGGGAGCGCGUCCGCGUCCACGCAGCGCCGGCGCCAGCACCAGGGCUCCUGCAUGCCAGGACGGCGGCGGUGGCAGCGAGACAUGCAACCGGCCCGGAAGCUCCUCAGCCUCCUCUUCCUCGUCCUGAUGGGCACGGAACUCACUCAAGUGUUGCCCACCAACCCCCAGGAGAGCUGGCAGGUGUACAGCUCCGCCCAGGACAGCGAGGGCAGGUGCAUCUGCACAGUGGUCGCCCCCCAGCAGACCAUGUGCUCACGGGAUGCCCGCACGAAACAGCUCAGGCAGCUACUGGAGAAGGUGCAAAACAUGUCUCAAUCCAUAGAGGUCCUGGACAGGCGGACCCAGAGGGACUUGCAGUAUGUGGAGAAGAUGGAGAACCAAAUGAAGGGACUGGAGUCCAAGUUCAAGCAGGUGGAGGAGAGCCAUAAGCAACACCUGGCCAGGCAGUUCAAGGCGAUAAAAGCGAAAAUGGAUGAACUUAGGCCUUUGAUACCUGUGUUGGAAGAGUACAAGGCCGAUGCCAAAUUGGUAUUGCAAUUUAAGGAGGAGGUCCAGAAUCUGACGUCAGUGCUUAACGAACUGCAAGAGGAAAUUGGCGCCUAUGACUACGAUGAACUUCAGAGCAGAGUGUCCAAUCUUGAAGAAAGGCUCCGUGCAUGCAUGCAAAAACUAGCCUGCGGCAAGCUGACAGGCAUCAGUGACCCUGUGACCGUCAAGACCUCGGGCUCAAGGUUCGGGUCCUGGAUGACGGAUCCUCUGGCCCCAGAAGGUGAUAACAGGGUCUGGUACAUGGACGGUUACCACAACAACCGCUUUGUCCGCGAGUACAAGUCCAUGACCGACUUCAUGACCACGGACAAUUUCACGUCCCACCGCCUCCCGCACCCCUGGUCCGGCACGGGGCAGGUGGUCUACAACGGCUCCAUCUACUUCAACAAGUUCCAGAGCCACAUCGUCAUCCGGUUCGACCUGAAGACGGAGACGAUCCUGAAGACGCGGAGUCUGGACUAUGCCGGUUACAACAACAUGUACCACUACGCCUGGGGCGGGCACUCAGACAUCGACCUCAUGGUGGACGAGAACGGGCUGUGGGCCGUCUACGCCACCAACCAGAACGCGGGCAACAUCGUGAUCAGCAAGCUGGACCCCGUGUCCCUGCAGGUGCUGCAGACGUGGAACACGAGCUACCCCAAGCGCAGCGCGGGCGAGGCCUUCAUCAUCUGCGGGACCCUCUACGUCACCAACGGCUACUCUGGGGGCACCAAGGUCCACUACGCCUACCAGACCAACGCCUCGACCUACGAGUACAUCGACAUCCCCUUCCAGAACAAGUACUCCCACAUCUCCAUGCUGGACUACAACCCCAAGGACCGCGCCCUGUACGCUUGGAACAACGGCCACCAGAUUCUCUACAACGUCACCCUCUUUCACGUGAUCCGGUCCGACGAGUUGUAGUUAUCUCCGCCCGGAAAGCCCGGGGGGCCGCGGCUUCCCCCACACGGACCUUCCUGGGGGACAGCUGCCGACAUAACCUAACGACAGUAAUAAUACUAAUUUUGAAACGUCAGCAGCA